GCCCGGCGAUGUCCGGCGGGGCCAUUCGGAUUUUUUUUGUUGCGGCAGCACCGCCGCGUGCGGUUGAUAUUCGGCGGCGGCCGCCCGGCGAUGUCCGGCGGGGCCUCCGUUCCCCUGUCUUCUGGUUUCCCUCCGGCGGAGUGAUGCAGCGGAUGGGAUCGAUCCGGCAGCGCUGGCAUGCGGCAGCGCGAUUUGGUAGGCGGGCACGGGCAGCGAACCAAGUGCUCACCUGCCCGUGCUGUUGCCUCUGUGGGACUGAGCGCUGCACUAGACACAUUCUGUGGUCAAGCCUUCGGCGCAAAAGAAAAAGCUUCUGUAGGUGUACACACGCAGAGAGCUAUGCUAGUGCUAUUUGCCAUAUGCAUUCCAGUGUCAGUAGUGUGGAAUUGUACAGAGCCUAUACUGAUCUUCAUUCGACAAAAUCGAGAAGUUUCCGCCGUCGCUGGUUCCUACAUCCGAUGGAUGAUCCCAGCAUUAUUUGGUUAUGCACUUGUUCAAUGCCAGACUAGGUUCCUGAACAAUCAAGGGGUCGUGCUUCCCUUGAUGCUUAGCUCAUUGCUCUGUUCUGUGCUUAAUGUACCGCUGUGCUGGCUUCUCGUUCUCAAGUCUCCUCUUGCCAACAAGGGGGCUGCCAUGGCUCUCUCUAUCUCAUAUUGGUUCAAUGCCAUCUUGCUUGCUCUUUAUAUCAAGUACUCACCCACUUGCAAGGAAACAUGGACUGGAUUUUCAAGGGAUGCCUUCCACCAUGUGCCUCAGUUCCUCAAGCUUGCUGUGUCAUCAGCAUUAAUGAUAUGUUUAAGAUUCUGGGCGUUGGAGCUUCUAGUGCUUCUUUCUGGUAUUCUGCCAGACCCAAAACUCGAAACUUCUGCAUUCUCGAUCACGCGUAAUACAUCAUCAAUUGUUACCAUGAUCUCUGUUGGUUUGAGCACUUCCGCCAGCAUACGUGUCUCGAAUGAGUUAGGCGCCGGUCGUCCAAAACAAGCGCGGAAAGUUGUAUUAAUUGCUUUGUUUAUAGCUACUUCUGAAGGCUUGAGCGUAUCAUUACUUCUAGUCUUGUUAAGAAAUGUAUGGGGAAAGGUUUAUAGCAACGAAACCAAAGUUGUAAAGUAUGUGGCCAAUAUGUUACCGUUGGUCGCCAUUAGCCAUCUUUUUGAUUCAACACAGUGCUUGUUUGCAGGUACAUUGAGGGGAUGUGGUUUGCAAAAGAUAGGUGCAAUAGUAAUGAUAGGAACGUUGUACAUUAUUGGUAUUCCUCUUUCAGUCGUUUUGGGCUUUCCUGUUCACCUGAGAUCAAAGGGCUUUUGGAUUGGGUUCAUCAUCGCACUCUUCGUUCAAGAUUUGAUAUUUGGAAUGCUAUUUUCAUGCAUUAGUUGGGAGAACCUGAUUGGACUGAGCAGUGCACUAGACACAUUCUGCGGUCAAGCUUUCGGUGCAAAAGAAGAAGCUUCUGUUGGUGUACACACGCAGAGAGCUAUGCUAGUGUUAAUAACCAUCUGCGUUCCAGUGUCAGUAAUGUGGAAUUUUACAGAGCCUAUACUGAUAUUCAUUCGACAAAAUCGUGAUGUUUCUACCGAGGCCGCAUCCUACAUCCGAUGGCUGAUCCCAGGACUAUUUGGUUACGCACUCGUUCAAUGCCAGACUAGAUUCCUGAACAAUCAACGAGUAGUGGUUCCCUUGAUGCUUAGCUCAUUGAUCUGUUCAGUGCUCAACGUACCGUUGUGCUGGCUUCUUGUUUUCAAGUCUCCUUUUGCAAACAAGGGUGCUGCCAUGGCUCUCUCUAUCUCAUAUUGGUUCAAUGCUAUCUUGCUUGCACUAUACAUCAGAUUUUCACACACUUGUAAGGCAACAUGGAAAGGGUUUUCGAGGGAUGCCUUACACCAUGUGCCUCAAUUCCUCAAGCUUGCUGGCUCGUCAGCAUUGAUGCUAUGUUUAAGAUUCUGGUCGUUGGAGCUUCUAGUGCUUCUUUCUGGUAUUCUCCCAGACCCAAAACUCGAAACGUCAGCAUUCUUGAUUACGCGUAAUACUUCAUCAAUAGUUACCAUGAUCGCCAUUGGUUUGAGCACUUCUGUCAGCAUACGUGUAUCAAACGAGUUGGGUGCUGGUCGUCCAAAAGAAGCGCGCAAAGUAAUAUUAAUAGCUUUCUUUAUAGCUACCUCUGAAGGCUUGAGCAUAUCCUUACUUCUAGUCUUGUUAAGAAAUAUAUGGGGAAAGCUUUAUAGCAACGAAACCAAAGUUGUGAAGUAUGUGGCCAAUAUAUUACCUUUGGUCGCCAUUUGCCAUAUUGUUGAUACAACACAAUGCUUGUUUUCAGGUACGUUAAGGGGAUGUGGUUUGCAAAAGAAAGGUGCAGUAAUAAUUUUAGGAACAACAUACAUAAUUGGCGUCCCUCUUUCAGUUGUUUUGGGAUUUGUUGUUCACUUGAGAGCAAAGGGCUUUUGGAUCGGGUUCAUCAUCGCAUUGUGCGUUCAAGAUUUGAUAUUCGGAAUGCUAUUUUUAGGCAUUGAUUGGGAGAUUCUGGCUGCAAAAGCUAAAGAGAGAGUACAUAUUUCCAUCUUGCAAAAAGAGAACGUCUACAAUAGAGAGGGUCAGACAGAUAUAGGGCAACUUAAAGGUAUAAGGAGCACGGUAACGGAAGAAGAUCAUGUUUGUCCACCCCAGAUGCCUUGAUCAGAAAAUCAAGGGACGUGGACAAAGUUUCACCUACUUUGCUCCUUGGCAGAUCUCAGGAUUAAAAAAAACUAUUGCUUUCAGCUUAGGGCACGUACAAUGCGGUAAUGUCAGUCUUCCCUUAGAGAUGUUACGUCCGAUUUUUUGCUUAGUUAGAUGAGAAAGAAUGAAGAGAGAGAAGAUUAUCUCCCGUUAGCUAAGGGAUCCUCUCUUAGAAAAUAAAGCAAGACUAUUUUCUUCAUUGUAUCACAUAUGUCUACCCUUAGCAACAAAUUUCCUACCAAAAUUUAAUUAUUCAUAUUAAUUGCUAGAGAUGGAUGUAAGAGAUAAUGCAUUGUAUGUAUUAGAGAUAGAGUUUGGGAACCGACUAGGAUACGUUGUAGUAGUCCUAGUCUGUAUAGAGUUCCACAAUCAUACGAUGUAAUCUCUCCCUAUCUCCUCGAUCUCUCCCUGUACCUGGCUACUAUAUAAACAUGGCAAUAGAGAGCUCGGAAACUAUCCGAGUAGAUUGAAACUA